AUGAUCUCGAACAGGUUUGCAAUUCUUGUGGGACCUCGUUUCGACAAGCGUCGAGGCGAAGAGAAGCCCGAGACGGAGGCCUGGCGCCGGGCGACUCCGCGAAACCGGCGGCUCGCUUUGCGGCGAGGAUCGGGAAUGACCAGAACCACCCACGGCGCAUCCUUGCAAAUUGUCGGCAACGACUCGCAGCAGCUGCUGGAUGGCGAGGACCCCAGGAUCGCUUUAUUGCUGGCCCGCACUUUGGCGCGCCUGCGGGGGGAGUCCAAUGGUUUCGACGACGCGGAGAAAGAAGACCUGCAGAACGCCUUCCUUCGCUUCAAGGUGCCUGACUCGGCUGAUAUCCACAAGGACGACCUCGACGCCUUGCUCAACUUUGUCGGGCGAUGGGUGCCACCGGAGGAAGCCAUCACGGAUAUGGCGCGGAAGAUCACCAUGUACGACUACAUGGACUUCGAUGAGUUCUUGCAGUUCAUGACUUACUAUGAUGAGUUCGAGCGCGCGGAGCAGGAGCGUGUCUUCAACCUCUACGAUGAGGAUGGAUCUGGCAACAUCUCCAUUGCAGAGCUACGCUGCCUACUGUCGGGGCUUGGCAUGAGCCCCAACCGCCAGAUGAUGCGGGAGGCCCUGUCAGUGGUGGACAAGAACUGGGACGGAGAGCUCAACUUUGAAGAGAUGUGCUGCUUCCUGGCGGUGUACCGCGGCUCUGAGGGCUUCACAAAGGAUGAGGUCACCGGCCUGCAAGAGCUCUUCGACUCCACGGCGGUGGUCGAGAAGGUGGUGGAGAAACCAGGACGCAACGAGCUGCCUCCGGAGCCGAAGCUGGCGGGGAAGUUCUUGCCCAAUCUGCUGAUCCAGGCAUUUGGGAUGCAAGUGGCAGACAACGUGCAAGAGCUUCAGCAGAUGCUGGCUUCAGGCCAAGGCUUCAGGAAGACUGCCACCAGCGACGCGGGCGAGGGCUCCGAGACCGCCACCAUCAGCUUCAAGGAGUUUCUCAUCUUGGCGCGCAAGACCCGGGAGAUGGAGAUGAUUCAGCUGUCGAAAGAGAUGCCAGGCAUGCUGAACACGCCGGCGCGCGGCGCGACUGGCGACUUUCAGAAUGCAGAUGCGGAUGGAAGCGGCACCAUUUCGGCGAUCGAGCUCUUCAAGUUUCUUGAAGGCAAGGAGUUCACUCCGAUGAAGAAGGUUGUGCGGGAGAUUCUGCAAGAUGCAGCAGCCGAGUCCUUGGACAAGGGCGAGGAACUGGACUUCAAUCAGUUCUUUGACUUCCUGUUUGUCUACCGGCAGCGGGACGGCUUUUCCAAGCAGGAGGUGGAUCAGUUCCGCAAGGGUUUCGACGAGUACGAUGCCGACAGCAGCGGCAGCAUCAGCACUUUGGAGCUGAGCAACAUCUUCCGGGACUUCGGGUACCGAAUCUCCAUGGAUACCUUGCGGCACUUCAUCGACAAAGUUGACGAGGAUGGCUCCAAUCAGCUCGACUUUAGGGAGUUCCUGAGGCUGAUGCGCUGGCACCGAGAGUCGGAGCUGGACAACUACAAAGCCGCGUUCAGCAGAAGCAAGGUGGUCAGGGACGGCGUAGAGGGCAUCAUGCGGAAGAAGCUGAAGCCAGCCAUUGAGGAGCUCGGUGCGAUUGGUGACGUCACAAUUAUCGACGUAGAGGUGGAGAGGUUGCCGAAAGAACUCCUGGUGGACUUCGACACAUUCGUGGACACGGUGGACGCAUGCCGCCAGGAAUUUGUGAAGCAGGAAAAGAAGAAGGCUGGCUUCACUGACGAGGAGCUGCAGACAUACACGGAGGCGUUCCAGAAGUUUGACCGGGACGGCAGCGGCUGCAUCGAGGGCCGUGAGCUGCUGAAGCUCUUGGAGGCCUUCCGCUGGGAGCCCCGAUCCAAGGAGGACCGCCAGAUCCUCCUCCAGCGGCUCAACGACGCGCGUAAGCGAGCGCGGGACGCUAUGGCUCCCAAGGUGUCCGCCAACGACAGCCCCGAGUUCGGGUAUUGGGAGUUUAUUCAGCUGGCUCGGGAGCUCCAUACCUUGCAUGACAAGGCGAAGGAGCAAGCCAUGAACGAUCUGAUGGAGGAAGUGCAGUUCAAUCAGAAGGAGGUGAACCAGUUCCAUGAGGUGUUCCUUCAUUGGCUCCACGUAGAUGACGACGAGGAGACCAUUGAAAGAGCCAAGCAGCAGGAUGAGUCAGACGCAGGCCUCACCCGUGAGCUGGUGCGCCGCGUUGUGCGGCAGACUGGGGUGUCCAUCUCCCCGGAGCGCAAGGAAGUGCUGGACGUGCGGCUGGAUAAGCUGGAGGAGGACCACAAGCUGAAGUUCCACGGCUUCCUGCGGCUCAUGCGCUGGCUCAUCGACACCAACUUCGCAGAGAUCAACUCGCAGAUGGAGAAAGGCGCAGGACCCUGA